AUGGCUGUUCAACCAGAAAUGACCUGCCUCGUACUGGCGUACAUGUGUGGGGUUGGGCACGAUUCAUAUUUCGUAGCUUACUCCCGUGGAGGUUUUCCAGUUGGUCCAAGUCUCCCCCCGCAAGCCACGUGGACAGUCGCAGGAAUGAAACCGUAUUAUAAAAUAAUAACACGAAGCCAGAUCAGAAGCAAAAGGAGCGAGAAGAGGAGGCGGAGGAAGAAGAAGAAGAAGAUGGGAAAUGCAAAGGUGUUGCUGGUAGUGCUGGUGAUAGCAGUGAGCGCCAGAACGUGCAGGUCUCUGGGCGAAGAAGUGGCAAACUCAGUCCAACAGAAAGCAGAGGAGGUCCAACAGGCUGCCCCAUCCGCCUUUGAAAAUGCCAAGGACACCUCCGAGAGCUGGGCUAAUUGGGCUUAUGACAAGUUCUCCGAAACUGUAGGAUUGAAGAAGGAUGAAGGAGAUCAACAAGUGGCUGAAACCCAGAAAAUCUCGACCGAUGAAAGUACAGCAACCAAGGUUCAAGGCGCAGCCACCGAUGCGUACAAUAAAGCUGGUGAGCAGAUGCAAACAGCGAAGGACAAAGCUUCAGAAAUGGUUCAAAAUGCGAAAGAACAAGCAGCCAAUGUUGUGGUCAUGGCAUCUGAAACGGCUUCCGGUGCAAAAGAGGGCGUCAAAGACAAAGUGUCACAGGCUACAGAAAACGUGGGCGAGGCUGCCAAGACCGCCAAGGACACCGUGAUUGAAAAGGCCGAAUCUGCGGACGUGAAAGGCAAAGUAUCACAAGCAACACAAACCGUGGGCGAGGCUGCGAAGAUCGCCACGGACUCCGUCACUGAAAAGGCUGAGUCUGUACAGCAAACGGUCUCGCAGUCCCCUGGCAAUCUCUGAGCUGAUCAAGAGAGGAGCUAUGAAGGUGUAGCCAUCUUGAUGCUUUCUGCUUGCAAUGGUAUUUAGUUCCGUGUCGACCGUACGUCUAGUUUUCUUUGAUUGAGAUGUGGAUGCAACACAGCACCUGCCAAAUCCUCUUUCAAAGAAUAUGGGAGCACAUUCUUCUUUGUUAGAAGGCCUUUCAUUUCGCUUCCUAGCUAUACUUUCAGAUUUUGUACCUUAUAGUUUGUGUAUUGUCAAGUUUUUCAUAUCCUAUUGUAUCCAUAUUCGGCCUUGUUCAAAGUGGCCAGUAAUUUUGCUGCUAGUGUUAUGCUGAGAAAAGCAUUAUUAUUUGAAAGUGGAUUGUUUAAUAAUAAGUCGCUUCCCGGGUCAGUUACUGGUA